AGCUACCACCAUUGAGUUAUCAGCAGCAAGCAACUAGGCAGGCAAAGGAGAGAGAGAGAGAGAGAGAGAGAGUGAGAGAAAUGGCAACCCAGCUUCCAAUCAUUGACAUGGCGAAACUCAGUGGUGAGGAGAGAGGAGCUACAAUGGAGCUCAUAAAAGAUGGUUGUGAGAACUAUGGUUUCUUUGAGGUGCUCAACCAUGGGAUUCCUCAUGAGCUGAUGGACGAGGUGCAAAGGCUGUUCAAGGAACAUUACAAGUUGAAAAUGGAGGAGAAAUUCAAGGAGUUCGCUACCAGCACAAAGCUAGAAGAAGGGGAGAGGGAAUGGGAUCAAAUAGACUGGGAGAGCACCUUCUUCCUCCGCCACCUCCCCCUCUCCAACAUCGAUGGCAUCCCCAACCUCAGCGAUGACUACAAGGCGGCGAUGAAAGACUUCGCCAAAAAGCUUCAGGACCUUGCAGAACAACUCCUAGACCUCUUCUGUGAGAAUCUUGGGCUGGAGCAAGGCUACCUGAAGAACAUGUUCUGGAGCAAGAACGGACCCACCUUCGGCACCAAGGUCAGCAACUACCCGGCUUGCCCUCGCCCCGAGCUCGUCAAGGGACUCCGAGCUCACACCGACGCCGGCGGCGUCAUCCUUCUCUUCCAGGACGACAAAGUUCCCGGCCUGCAAUUCGUCAAAGACGGCGAGUGGGUAGAGGUUACCCCCAUGCGCCACGCCAUUGUCGUCAACAUUGGUGACCAACUGGAGGUGAUCACAAAUGGAAGGUACAAGAGCGUGGAUCACCGGGUGAUCGCGCAGACAGACGGAGAGAGGAUGUCCAUCGCUUCCUUCUACAACCCGGGGAGCGAUGCAGUCAUAUACCCAGCUCCCCAACUGGUGGAGAAGGAAGAGAAGAGCUGCCCGAGCACGUAUCCUAAGUUCGUGUUCGAGGACUACAUGAAGCUGUAUGCGCGGGAGAAGUUCCACGCCAAGGAGCCAAGGUUCGUGGCCUUGAAGGCCUUGGAGACCACUCAAAUGGAUCCCAUCGCCACUUUAACAAUCAAGAGAGUGAGAGAGAGAGAGAGAGAAAGAGAGAUGGAAACAUUCCCAAUUGUUGACAUGGGGAAGCUCAAUGGGAAAGAGAAGGUAGCUACAAUGGAGCUCAUAAAAGAUGCCUGUGAGAAUUGGGGAUUCUUCGAGGUACUGAACCAUGGCAUUCCUCAUGAACUGAUGGACGAGGUGCAGAGGCUGUUCAGGGAGCAUUACAAGUUGAGAAUGGAGGAGAAGUUCAAGGAGUUCGCUUCCAGCAAAAGGCUAGAAGAAGGGGAUCAGCCAUUGAAUGACGUUGAUUGGGAGAGUACCUUCUUCCUGCGCCACCUCCCCGUUUCGAACAUGUCUGAUGUCCCCAAUCUCAGCCAGGAAUUCAGAAUGGCCAUGAAGGAUUUUGCCAAGAAACUGCAGGCGGUUGCAGAGCAACUCCUAGACCUCUUCUGCGAGAAUCUUGGACUGGAGCAGGGGUACCUAAAGAACAUGUUCUGGAGCAAGAAUGGACCCACCUUCGGUACCAAGGUCAGCAACUACCCGGCUUGCCCUCGCCCCGACCUCGUCAAGGGUCUCCGGUCUCACACCGAUGCCGGCGGCGUCAUCCUUCUCUUCCAGGACGACAAGGUCCCCGGUCUGCAAUUCCUCAAGGACGGCGAGUGGAUAGACGUUCCCCCCAUGCGCCACGCCAUCGUCGUCAACAUUGGUGACCAACUGGAGGUGAUCACAAAUGGAAGGUACAAGAGCGUGGAUCACCGGGUGAUCGCGCAGACAGACGGAGAGAGGAUGUCCAUCGCUUCCUUCUACAACCCGGGGAGCGAUGCAGUCAUAUACCCAGCUCCCCAACUGGUGAAAAAGGAAGAGAAGAGCAGGAGCUGCCUGAGCACGUACCCCAAGUUCGUGUUCGAGGACUACAUGAAGCUCUAUGCGCGGGAGAAAUUCCACGCCAAGGAGCCAAGGUUCCUGGCCUUGAAGGCCGUGGAGACCAUUCAAAUGGAUCCCAUCGCCACUGCCUGAUCAUUGAGAUCUCCUUUCAUAUGUAUGGUCAUGUGCUAUGAAAGUAAAGUGCAAGUAGCAACAUGAUCUCUUGUUGUGUCUCCUUUGCUUGGAAGUAUGUGAAUUAAAUGUGUUUGCUCUUAA